ACUAGUGUUUUAUUGUUGUAAGUGACAUUUUUCGGUUUAAAAACUUCCAGAUUUUUUCUGACUUUUGAAAAAAAAUUAGUAAACUAUGGUAGAAUUUUUUCUACUGAAUCUGUUCCAUUUGACAUCUGUGACAAAAGUGAAAUGUUGUGAAGCAAUUGUUAAAGUCGACAACUAUGCUAACAAUGACGCGUUGGAGUAUUACGAAUUAGAUUCAUUUUAACCAAUUUGGAUCAUGUCUAAUUUUUUAAAAUAUCUUAUAUGACUAUUACUCCAGAAACGUUAAAAGACGAUUCGGAUAGCAAUAGUGGUUUUUACAGCUGUCAUGAACCUGAAAGUGUCUAUUCUUCUACUAAAGAACCUGUAUGGUUAUCAGCUGCCCGACGACAUGAAACUCUUUUACACUCAUGCAAGAACACGAAUUUAAUAGACUCCGCAUCGAUUCAUUCAACUCCCCAAAACACUAGAGCUCGUUGCGUCAAGCACAAAAAGAAUCACAACAGACCGUCACUCCUCCUAGUGGAAACAUUUCAAAAACAUAACAUAACAAGAACUUGUAAAACCAAGAAACGAAAUAAAAAGAAAAUCGUUCUGGCAGUGUCUACAGCACCUGAGAUUUCACCUUCUCCCGUACUAAAGACUACUGUUGAUCCUAGUAGAAACGAGGACAAAAGCAGUAUAGAAGCUUAUUCUAUAUUAGAAAAAGCUUUAGAUACCUGUCGUAAUAUUGAGACGUUUCGUGGCAUUACUGUUGAAACAGUACUAAAUCCAAUAGAAAACAAGAAUUCCACACUGUCGAAAAAUGCUUCUUUUUGUUCUCCAAAUCAAAAAAGUGAUAUUAGCAUGAAUUUGAAACAAAAAAAAAUAAAAAAUCGCUGCAAAGAAAAUAUCACAGAGUCUUCCGUAACGAAUGGAAAACAGCCGGUUAGAAAUUGUACAAGCAAAUCUAAGAACUUAUCUCAAAACAAGUUAUCCAACGUUGAAUACGGAAGAUUUCUUAAUGCUAACCAUAAAAAAGCAAACCAUUCAAAGCGUCACAAUCCAUCUCAGCAUUCCUAUAUCAAAGGCAUUUCUAAUCCAAGCGGGACGCGUCAAAAAAACGAUUUGGUACGCACAACAUACUUAUCUUUCGAAACCCCCAAGUCAGAAAAACCUUCAAAGCUUAAUCAAACACGAGAGACAAGGGUUAAGAAAUCGAGAGCAAGUUCUCUUUUAAACAGUGUUCCUGUGAAAGGUAACACACGAAGUUGGAGAAUGAAUCAGCUUCUUAAAGUACUCAAAACGGAAACAUGUAAACCUGACUUUUUAAAACAAUGUCAAUACAAUCCAAGAUUCAUGGGAUCUGUUGUUUCUAAUCCAGUUAUCAAAACACCUUAUCGAGGGUCCCUAGAACCCUCCUCAGUUGAAGAUAAAAGGUGUGACUCUCAGGAUAAUCAAAGUCACUAUCGUUCUGUUUCGCGUGAGCCAAGAUCAAGUGUUCCUGGUUGGAUUGUCACACCCAGGCAAAGUGAAAUGUUGUUACAACUUCACACGGGGUUAACACCUCAUGAAAAAAUGGAUCAAAAGAGCCCUAAAACAUAUAGAAAUGGACGCCGCCAAGCUGUAAAAGAUCAAGGAAAAGAAUUAGAUACAUCUUUGCAUGACACUUUUAAUGAACAAAGUGUUGAUGAGAAUGAAGACGAAUCUCACUUACGAUCGGAUUAUGCUCUUGAUAUUUUAGGAGCUGUUGAUACAACACGUUCUCUUCAAAGCCAACGUUUUAUCGAAAAGCACCGAAAAAAAUUACAAGGUUCCACUCGUGAUUCCAAAGGUUUUAGAAAACGUAUAAUUCAACUGAUUCCUAAAAAAUCACCUUUAUCAAUAAAGACAUACUCGAGCACUUCCAAAUUGGUUAUACGUGAUGAAUUACGCCAAAUUUUAGACAAAAAUGAACGUCAAAUGUCUCAAGAUAGAAAAAAAGAUUUUCAUGAAUGUUUGAAACUUACUCUACGAGACGGUCAUUCCAAAAUUGAACGAGAGGAAGCUUUGAAUGAAUUAGCGUGCUUACCAGAUUAUGGAGACGAUUUGUUUAAGAACGCCUCAACUAGUGACGUCGACUUGGAUCAAACACCAAGACCUAGUUUUUUCAAUCAGUAAAAUAUUCCUCCAUAGUUUCCUGGUCAUUAAGCUAAUUUGGAUUCUUAUAGUUCCGUAUUUUAAAAAAAAAGCAAAUGUAUUGUACAAAGAAUUUUUGUCAUGGUUCUUUUCUGAAAGUUUAAAUUUUCUGUCAAAUAAAACUUUUUUUCAACCCCCACCAUAAUGCUUCUGUUUUUUUUCAAAAUGUUUUUUUUUAAUAACUAAUUAAAAGCAAUUUAUUAGUUUCAAAGUAC